CCUGGCAUUUCCCAGAAGACCCUGCGCCGGGAAGGGGUUUGCAGCUGCUCCGUCAUCGUGCGGCCCGCCGCGAGCCCGCGCUGCUGUGCAGGCCUGUCUUGGUUCCUGGUCCCUAGUGCGAGGGUUCACGCGAGGCCCCGGUCUGGGUCCCCAGACUAGGCCGCGACCCCAGGCGCCAUGAAGCAGGAGGGCUCGGCGCGACGCCGAGGCGCCGACAAGGCGAAGCCGCCUCCGGGCGGAGGGGAACAGGAGCCGCCACCCCCUUCAGCCCCUCAGGAUGUGGAGAUGAAAGAGGAGGCGGCAGCCGGGGGCGGCUCCACCGGGGACGCGGACGGCAAGCCGGCGACGGCGGAGCACUCCCAGCGAGAGCUGGACACCGUCACCCUAGAGGACAUCAAAGAGCACGUGAAACAACUGGAGAAGGCCGUCUCGGGCAAGGAGCCACGAUUUGUGCUGAGGGCCCUGCGGAUGCUGCCACCCACAUCACGCCGCCUCAACCACUAUGUCCUUUAUAAGGCCGUGCAUGGCUUCUUCACCUCAAAUAAUACCACUCGAGACUUUUUGCUACUCUUUCUAGAAGAGCCCAUGGACACAGAAGCUGAUUUACAGUUCCGUCCACGCACAGGAAAAGCUGCAUCAGCACCACUCCUGCCUGAAGUGGAGGCCUAUCUCCAGCUUCUCAUGGUCAUCUUCCUAAUGAACAGCAAGCGCUACAAAGAGGCACAGAAAGUCUCUGAUGACCUGAUGCAGAAGAUCAGUACUCAGAACCGCCGGGCUCUGGACCUUGUGGCUGCAAAGUGUUACUAUUAUCACGCCCGAGUCUAUGAGUUCCUGGACAAGCUGGAUGUGGUGCGCAGCUUCUUGCAUGCCCGGCUCCGGACAGCCACCCUGCGGCAUGAUGCCGAUGGGCAAGCCACCCUAUUGAACCUCCUGUUGCGAAAUUACCUACACUACAGCUUGUACGACCAGGCCGAGAAGCUAGUGUCCAAGUCCGUGUUCCCUGAGCAAGCCAACAACAAUGAGUGGGCCAGGUACCUCUACUACACAGGGCGAAUCAAAGCCAUACAGCUGGAGUACUCAGAGGCCCGGAGAACCAUGACCAAUGCCCUUCGCAAAGCCCCUCAGCACACAGCCGUUGGCUUCAAACAGACGGUGCACAAGCUUCUGAUUGUGGUGGAGCUGCUUCUCGGGGAGAUCCCAGACCGGCUACAGUUCCGCCAGCCCUCCCUCAAGCGCUCACUCAUGCCCUACUUCCUCCUCACCCAAGCUGUCAGAACAGGAAAUCUAGCCAAGUUCAACCAGGUCCUGGAUCAGUUUGGGGAGAAGUUUCAAGCGGAUGGGACCUACACCCUAAUUAUCCGACUGCGACACAAUGUGAUUAAGACAGGUGUGCGCAUGAUCAGCCUCUCCUAUUCCCGAAUCUCCCUGGCUGACAUCGCCCAGAAGCUGCAGCUGGAUAGUCCAGAAGACGCAGAGUUCAUUGUCGCCAAGGCCAUCCGGGACGGCGUCAUUGAGGCCAGCAUCAACCACGAGAAGGGCUAUGUCCAGUCCAAGGAGAUGAUUGAUAUCUAUUCCACCCGGGAGCCCCAGCUGGCCUUCCAUCAGCGCAUUUCCUUCUGCCUGGACAUCCACAACAUGUCAGUCAAGGCCAUGCGGUUUCCUCCCAAAUCAUACAACAAGGACUUGGAGUCGGCAGAGGAACGGCGUGAGCGAGAGCAGCAGGACUUGGAGUUUGCCAAGGAGAUGGCAGAAGAUGAUGAUGACAGCUUCCCUUGAGCUAGGGGGCUGGGGAGGGGUGGGGGUGAGUGGGGACCGGCUCUGUCUUUCCCAUUUGGGCAUUUGGGGCUCCCUUGCCUAGGGAACUGGCCCCCUUUUCCUCCACACAGCUCACAGACUGCAUACAUGCAGGGGUGAAGGGUGCUGGGAGCCGGCCACCCCACCUCACCCCAGUGCUCUUCUCCAGCCAGUGACUUGGCACACCACGGGCAGGAGGGUGGGCAGGCGGCCUCCAGGGCAGAGUCCUGCCUAGAGGUGUGGGCAGCAGAGGGGACGGACAGACCCAUGGAUUAGGGCCUGGAGUUGGGAAAUGUUGGGUUGUAUGUUUUCUGAAGCUUCAAUUAUGAUUUUUAAACAAUAAAAAGUUCUCCAAAGCUCUGUA